GGCUACCGUACUUGGAAUAUAUCGGAGUGGGCGGAGCAUUACCUUAGCUACUAAAAGUUUGCGGAAGAGUAAAGAACAUCGAGCGACCGCGGUCCACUGUAUAUAAUUUUUUUACCUAAAUAAAUGGACCUUCGUUCGGAGAAAAUACAGCGGGUCCUCUCAAAGUACAAAUUCCGCGAUGUUGCUCUUGAGGAACUGGAUAAAAUCGAUAACGCCUUCCCAGGGAUGGCGCCCUCUGUCGGCACGUACACAUUCAAUGACGGCUCGCAGAAAGAUCUACUGAAACUGAAUGGUAACCUUCCAGUCAAGUAUGAAGGACGCUCCUACAACUUCCCCAUUCAGCUUUGGCUGAUGGACUCCUUCCCGGUCACACCUCCCAUUUGUCUCCUGAGGCCCACCCCGGACAUGAUUGUCAGGGAGGGCAAACACGUGGAUGCCCGUGGACGCCUUUACCUGCCGGUGCUGCACAACUGGGAUCAUCCUAAGUCAUCUGUGGUGGAGCUUCUGGAGGAGAUGAUUUCAAAGUUUCAAGAGGAUCCUCCACUGACCUCCAAACCGGAAGGAGACCAUCAAGAUCCUCAUGAGCUUCUGGCAUUUGUUAAUAAUCUCCAGAUUAGUGAUAGUUCAAUCAGACAUCACGAUCACUCGGGUCAUAAAGUGUCUGUCAUCGGAGCUGGAGAUUUAGGGAUGGCAUCAGUCAUGACCAUUCUGGCAAAGUGUAACGUGGAUCAACUUGUCUUCGUUGAUGUCGCCGAGAGUUCCGCCAAGGGAGGGAGCACAGAUUUGGAGAUCUUCAAGCUGCCGAAGGUGAACGUGUCCAAGGAUUUGUCAGCUUCUGCGGGCUCCAGGGUCGUCGUGGUCACGGCCAACGCGUGGAGCGGUGAGCAGUCCUACGUAAGCGUGGUCCAGACCAACGUAGACUUGUUCAAAGGAUUCAUUCCAAAGUUGGCACGUCUCAGCCCCAACGCUAUCAUGCUCAUCGCCUCUCAGCCUGUGGACAUCAUGACCCACGUAGCGUGGAGGCAGAGCGGCCUGCCGCCUACUCAAGUCAUAGGAGUGGGCUGCAACCUGGACUCGGAGCGUCUUAGCCACGUGCUGGAUAUCAACUUAAACACUCACAAGGAGGCCUGGGUCAUUGGCGAGCUUUCAGACAACAAAGUCCCCGUGAUGAGUAACACCGGACCGGGCUCCCAAAAGCAGCCCGAGAUCGCCGGAUUCAGCUCCACUAAACCUUUGCUCAGCAGAGCUUUCGACAUCAUGAAGAAUCGAGGUCAGCGUUCGUGGUCUGUUGGUUUGUCUGUCGCUGACAUCACAAACAGCAUCUUGACAAACAGGAAGAAGGUCCACUCCAUCACCACACUUGCCCAGGGCUGGAGCGGCAUCGGAGCGGAGGUGUUCUUCAGCUUGCCGUGCCUCCUGGGAUCCAACGGUUCCACGCGCCUCGCUGGCGUGUCCCUGGGGAAGGAGGAAGAUUCCAAACUCAAGGACAGCAUCAGCUCACUCACGAACCUCAUAAGUCAGCUCAGGAUAUGACGGACCGGGGACUUGGGACUGCCGGCUUCGGUGGGAAGUCAGUCGGUGGGAAGUCGCUGUUACUUACUGGCCGUCCGCCGCUGAUGGGACUGUUACCAAAAUGAAUUCUAUUACUUCUGAUGGUUGCAUUGCAAGCUUGAACUUCAGCUCGUCUUGACUGGGUGGGGAAGAAAUCACACAUUUAGAUGACAUUUUGUCACAAGUGCACUUUGAAACAUUUGAAGCUAUUUAUCGAUUUUGGAAUAUUCAGACACACGAGUACGAUGGUGAUUCUUCAACAGGGAAAGGAGUCCGUGGGUGACAUGCAGCUCAUCUUCUUGAAGGGUCUUUUAUUAAUAAUUUGCUUUUUGCACAGCGGAAACAAAAAAAAAAGUUAUGUACACUAACAUCUAAAUGUUUGUGAGAGUGCAAUAAACAAAAUCACCCGGUGCCUGCUUGACAAAAAAAACAAAACAUAUGCAAUGUUUGUUUUUAUAAGACAAUUCAAUGAAAAACAUAUCUCAGCCUUUACCUGAAAUUUGCUAUUUUACCAUAAAUU